AUGAGUUCCACAGAGGUUGAUGCAUGCGUCGAAAUUUUGGAAGAUCAUUUUGGUCCAAUAGCAGCUGCUGUUGGGAGUGUGUUGUUGAGCGAAGCCGUAUCCUUAUCUGCUAUAUUCCAAAGAUUACGUAACCAAUUCAAAAUUUCCGAGAUAAGACGAGCAAUGAUAAUUUUGGAACAGCAUGGAAUUUUACGAUUUUCUCAAGAUGAACGUCAUCGCAUAACUUAUUCUGCACAAGUUCCUGACAUUCUACGUCUAAUACGAUCAGCUAGGUGCUCAUUUGUUGCCAAAAUGUUAUACGGUGAAAUAGCGGAAACAAUAUGCGAAGAAAUCAUCAGUCAGGGACGUCUGACGUGCUCAUCAUGUAUCAGACGGGUUGCUGCUAGGUUGGAAGUGUCGAAUAAUGAAGUAAAAACAGUCUUUGUUCGGUUUGCUGAAGCACAAUUUAUUAUGCGAUAUCCCAGGAUUGACAGUAACUUUUAUGGAUGUCCUAUUUUUGAGAAGCAUUCGGAUCCAUUUCUUGUGCCGGAUGUGGUUUUGGAUGCCAGAAAGCAAGAAACUAUUGAUAAUAAAUCACGGAAGCGGAAAAAUCUGAGCAACGAAACCGAAGAUCCGGAUAGUGGUAUUUAUUGGCAUUUGAAUUAUCUGCGUUUUGAGCGAUAUUUACGUGAUGAAAUUGUUGUUAAUGCGUAUGAAUCUGGUGAUGCUGUCCACGAAAAUUGCGUCAAAACUUUGAAAAUUUUGCUGAAGAUUAGUGAAAUGAAGGCUGACUCGUUAGCUGCAGCUUCUUUCCCUAUAUCUAUUCAUGACGUUAUACGAGCUGCAAAUGUGAGUGAAUUGAGUUUAGAAAAACAUGACAUUGAAGUAGCAUUACGUUUAUUAUGUGAAAGCGGUGGAAUUGUACGAAAAGUUGGGGACAGCGCCGGUGGUCUUUUUGUUGUUGACUUUGAAAAAGCAAUAGCUACGCACUGCCAACGUCUUGUUGAGUCAGCCAUUCGAGAAAGAUUAGAUAGUCGAGCUGUUCGCGUUUUCCGACUUCUCAUGCAAAAAGGUUUUUUAGAAGAAGAUCAUGUUGAAAAAUUAGCGAUGUUAUCAUCAACAGAAGCACGUAAGCUUUGUUAUCAAUUAUUGGAGAAUGAAUUUGUUUUAAUGAAACACGUAGCCAAAACGAAUGAUUUUGCACCUGCACGGACGAUUUAUCUUUAUUACGUCGAUUUAACUGUGGUGACACAUAAUUUAUAUUUAUUUACUUGUAAGGUAUUGAGAAAUAUAAUUAUACGAAGGCGUCAUGAAACUAAAGAACACAAGAUUUUAAUAGAUCGAAAUUUGAAAAUGGAAACUAUUAUAGCAAAUAUUGAACUGGAUGAAAACCUUGAUAAAGAAACGAAAAAACAACAGAUUAGUGAAGUGGAAGAAAUGUAUUUGACACCAGGUGAUCGCUCCACUUUAGAAAGGUAUCGUAAGGGUCAAACUACACUGAUAUGUACUGAAAUUGAGAUUGAUCGUGAUAUACUGUUGUAUACACUGUUUUUGAAUUUUGCUAGGCGAAGAGUUUGA